CUGCAUACGAACCGUCCGUGCGAGAAAAGGCGCCGCGAAGCAAGGAAGCAAACUAGGGCAAAACCAAAGCCACGUUCAUCGAGCGAGCGAGGGAGAGGGAGUAGGGGAAUCGGAGGAAGGCGAAGAAGAACAAGGGUGUGAGAAGGGGCUUGCGGGGCCAAUGGAGAGCGCGAGGGAGGCUCGUCGAAGGAAGAUAUUGGAGCGAGGAUCGGAGCGCCUCGCCUUCAUCGCCGGCCAGUCCCAAUCCCUUACCCCUUCCUCCUCCUUCAGCUCACCUCGUCCUCCCACGCUUCAACCACAACAACAUCCAGAGCAAGAGAAUCCACGAUCCACCACCACCACCGACGAUCUCCAUCAUGUUGAUGCAGCUGGCGUGGAGGCACACAAACAUCAACCAAUUGAUCAAGAUUUCAAUACGGAAGUGGAGGAUGAUAAAGAACUGCUCCCUGAACAUGAUGCAGAUAGAGAACUCUCUGGGCAUGAGACAAGCAGCGAAUUUGCAAAAUGCAAGAUGGGCAAAAGAUUUCAAGGUGGGAUAAGAAAGGAACCUGCAGCUAAUGCGGAGCAAGAUGGUAAGAUUGCAGAACCGUCAACCGGUCCAAUAGCUCACAUAUCGUCAGAUCAAGUGGUUGAUAGAGCUCCCUAUGCAAACUCACCAAUGAUUCACCAAGUCUUGACAUCCAAGCAAAUCAGUCGUGCCAUCUCAGCGUCUGAGAAUAUCCGUUUGCUAUGUGCUGUUGGUAUAGCCCUUUUGGUAGUCAUGUCAUCCCGUGGCUAUUCCCUGGGUGCAACCGUCUUGGGAACAAUACCAAACUUUAGGCCACUUUGUCUAGUGUUGCUAACUGAUACAACAGUCAUCAUCGGGCACCUAUUUGUAAGCCGUAAAAGUUGCAGUAAAGAUGGGGAAGAAGCAAGGAGGACAAGGCAAGAGGAAUUUGGUUUGGCUAAUAACAUAGGUAGCGCAUUGGAGAUUGGCCUGGUUUUCCAGAAAGCUUUGAAUGCUGCCUUCAUGGACUGCAGCAUUUGUGCAGUUAUCAUGAUCUCUGGCCUUUUACUUUAAGCCUCUCCUAUUGACAUAUUUCUCUGGCCAAGUUGAAUGGGCAAAAGACAGUCCUACUGUAUUGAAUCGAUGUACUGUAUUUGCUGUUUUCAAGGGACGGGCAUUGGUUUAAAAUUGAAUUUGGUAGAAGCUUGUAAUGUCUCUGACUCAACAAGGCUUGCAUUGAAGCAUCACAUGAAUUGUAAUGAUAAUUUGAAACUUGUAGGCAGGAGAGACAUGUAUGACUUGACACACUAAUGUAUCUUACAUUUCAGAUUCGCUAUUGAAUGGUUCCUAUGAUUCAACAGUGA